AUGCCCGAUCGGGCGUUUUGCAUGAGGAAAAACGCCAAGACAAUGGUUAGAGACCUUGGAGUCCCAAAAUACUUUCUUGGUUUAGAGAUUGCAAGAAACAAGAAAGGGAUCAUGAUCUCUCAGAGAAAAUAUGCCAUGGAUCUUAUCAGAGAUGCAGGGCUAUUGGGAUGCAAGCCCUCUCCCGUUCCUAUGGAUCCUCUAAAACAGCUCAAACAAGAUUCUGGUAACUUGAUGGAGGAUCCAUCUAAGUAUAGAAGAUUGAUUGGGAGAUUGCUAUACUUGUGUAUAACUAGGGCGGAUAUAACUUUUGCGGUUCACAAACUCAGUCAAUUUGUGUCAAAACCUUGUGAAAAACAUUGGGAGGCUGGUGAAAAGGUCCUAAGAUAUCUGAAGGACACACCUGGGCACAGCUUAUUCUACUCAAGUGCUGCUAAUUCUAUACUUAGCAAUUUCUCAGAUGCUGACUGGGCAGCAUGUCCAGACACUCGAAGAUCAAUGACUGGUUAUUGUUUUAUUUCUUGGAACAUCAUUAAUCUCCCGGAGGGCAAAGAAACAACAUACCAUAUCAAGAUCAUCAGCAUAAGCUGA